AUGGAGCCACAGUCCAAACGCAUCAAAUAAUCUGAGUGUGACAUAGACUCCUGGGUCGCUUAUCCUGUGCUGUCCAAAGUUCACUCACAUGACGCUGAGCUAAUCGAGGCCUUUGCAGCUCCCAUCGUCAACAAGAAAGACACCUCUCGUUUGAUAAAGGAGUUAGCCACAGUGUACCCGUUACCUGAACUGACGCACAUCAAGAGAGUACGGGCAUGCAAGGAUAAGGGCAACCCUCACCCUCUGGAGAUCAUUAUAUGCCUUGCCAGUGAUGCACCAGACAUUGACGGCAGUAAGGACAUGCACAUAUCUGAUCUGUUGCCCUCAGGUAGAAUAAACUGUGGAGGUCUAGGGGACCUUUUCCUGGUCAAGACACCAGCAUGCCCUUCUUUGACCAGAUCAAAGUUUGAGCAGGCCAGGAAACACUGACCCACCUCCUAUUAUGAGGACAAGCAAGUGACGGUGGCACUAAAAGGCCAGCUGUUCACCUCCUCUAUGAAAGCCAAGAUGCAGGACUACAUGGCUGCAGCAAGAGCAGGGCAGGAGAGAGGCAUGGAGGCUGUGGGGGCUGCAGUCAUUGAGCCAGAGGCAGUGAGGAUUGGCUGCUGGAAAGGCGUUCACCCACUUAAUCACACUGUCAUGGUCUGCAUUGACCUUGUGGCACGUGGGCAGCGUGGUGGGGCCUACACCCAUGAUAAGUACCCCUCCUGCCAGUUUGUUUUGCCCGACUCCUCACCCUCUGAAAUGCAUGGCGCCACCACCAUGCCAACCUGUGGGGUCCUGCGGGACAAGGACAGUGCAGAGGAGAGGUCAGCCAUCUGCACCGGGAACAACCUGAAUGUAACUUGA